UGUGGGGCGGGAGGAGAGGACGCUCAGCGUUCCUUCCAGCUCUGCUCUGAAUGGGGGCAGGUGGGUAACAAAUCCCACCCCCUGUCUGUCAAGCGAGUAGUUUAUUCCUCUCCCUACCCAGCCUGGAUGCAAAUUUCCUGCCCACACCAACUCAAAAAAUAAGGGUGUUUCCUCCCCCCCGCCACGCCCCGAUCCCGAGGUGCUCACCAGAUUAGCCACCCGCAUCAGCAGCACCCGGUGGCUUCGGCUUCACACAGUCAGAAAGAGGAAAGGUUAGCAGAAGGCAAGCGCUAUUCCUGCGCAACGACUAUGCUGGAUCAUUGGGAUUGGCUGAGAGAAGGGAAUAUUUGAGCAGGUGCAACAUGAGAACGGAAAGCGAAAGAGGAGAAAAGAAAGCGAAGAAAACCGGGUUGCUCCUCACACUCCCUCUACCAUUUCUACUUGGGUGUGUCAGAUCCCAGCCAGGGUCCAUUCUGGUUCACUCAGGUGGGGUACAUGGAUGACCUGCUCAUCACUCACUAUGACAGAAGCACAAGGAGGGUUCAGCCUCAAGUCCCCUGGGUGGAGAAGGCAGAGGAUGGCUCCUUCUGGGAGCAGGAAACUCAUCAUGCUCGGGAUGCUGAGCAGUUUUCCAGGCAGGCUGUCCUGAUCCUGAAGAGUCGCUACAAUCAGACUGGAGGGCUUCAUACCUGGCAGUGCCUGGUUGGCUGUGAGCUGAGCAAAGACAGGAAGCAGAAAGGAAGGUCCAUGCAGUGCGGCUACGACGGGAGGGACUUCAUCAGCCUGGACAAGGAGACCUUCACCUGGACGGCAGCCGAUGACCAGGCCCAGCUGACCAAGAGGAAGUGGGAGGCUGACUCAACCAUUGUGGGGAUAUGGAAAAGCUACCUGGAGAAGAUCUGCAUUGAAAGACUGCAAAAAUAUCUUAACUAUGAGAAAGAGAUUCUGCUGAGGAUAGAACCCCCAAUGGCAAAGAUAACACACAAGGUGGGCCAUGAUGGUCUGGAGACCCUCAUCUGCCAGGUCUAUGGCUUCUACCCCAAGGAGAUUGAUGCCACUUGGAGGAAGGACGGGGAGGUCUGGGAGCAGGACACUUUCCGUAGGGGUGUCACUCCCAAUUCAGAUGGGACCUACUACACCUGGCUCAGCAUUGACAUCUAUCCCAAGGACACAGACCGCUACCGGUGCCACGUGGAACAUGACGGUCUUCUGGAACCUCUGGUCUUGACUUGGGAGAAACCUGCCUUGGUGCCUUUGAAAGCCUUCCUUGGAACUAUGGCUGCCAUUGUGCUGGUGACUGGGAUUAUCUUUUCCAUCAAGAAAUGGCAAAGAAAAAGCAUCUUCACAGCAGUACCUGUACCUGAUCAGGGACCUGACACAUUUCCAGUGGAGAAACAUCAGCAAAAUGCAUCCGGGGCAAGCCCAUCUGCUGGUGGGCCUCAACAGCAGGAGGAAAGAAUGUCUUUGUUACAAAAACAGACCAUAGCUGACCAUCUGCUCAGCAAGAAUGUGGCGCUUCAUCACUCUGUGCCUAAAGGAGGCAACACCAUUCUUAUAGCGAAAAAGAAGGCGGCAGCCCGGGCCACAUGGCCUGGGCCACACAGAGUCCAUGUACGCAGGCGUCCAGCCCCAAACAUGGCCGCCGGGCCACCAGGUGAAGGCUGAAAAAUGGCCAAAGAGCGCCUGCAGGGGGCGAGGGGGUGAUUUAGAAGGCCGGCGGGGGGAGGGGGUACCGCCAUGGACCCCCCCGCCAUCUCCAGAAACUCCCCGAAGGGGAGUACAAGGUAAAAAAAAAUUUCCCGAGGGGAGGUUUGGUCUGGGUCUGGACCGAAUUGGUGGAGGGGCUGUUCGGUUCGACCCCCGAACUGUUGAACCCCCAAACCAGAACUGAACUGCAAACCCCCGAACUUAUUUGCACAUCCCUACUGACCAUCAUGCAAUGGCCAGGUGAGACCACUAGACUCCUUUUGUGGCCAUCACUAGACCCCUUUACUGGCCCUCUACACUGGAUUCCAACAGAAGGAGGGGAGAGAUGACACUGCCCGGGCCAGUUUAAAGGGAUUGCAAUAACCACAUGUGUAGUGAGACCUUUGAGGUCUGCUGGUUAUAUUACAAUGUUGGGAAAAGACGCAGCAGCCAGUCUCCUCUUGCACGCGGUCUGCAGAAUCUGGGUUGACUGCUUGCCUUAAUGAUUUAUGCCUUUGGUGGUAUAUUGUUUUCUUUCUCGAAAGUAAAUAGCAAAGAUAAUCUUAUUAACACAAAUCUGGUUCUCCCAGUUACAAACAAACAGUGGCUGCGUCAUCAGUUUCUUGUAAAAACAAAACAAACAGUUAUUUUCAUAAUUUUCUCUGUUAAGAGCAACUUAGUACUUAGACAGGUGAAAGAUGACUCAAGAAAACAAUCACAUAAGGGAUAUGUUGAUUUAUUCAACUCAGAAAGUAUAUUUGCAUCAUAUCUAUUUUCGUGCACUAAAGAAACUAAUGCAAUAAUGCAGUGUGAAUGAAAUAAGUCACUAGACCUGACCUCCGAGCUGGGCAAAUCUGCAAAAUUUCUACUUUUCCAUAAGCAAGGAUUCCUACUAAGGCAGACUAGUUAAUCUUUGUCUUCCUGAGGAAGUAAUGGAUGGAAACAUUCACACUCCUCCCAAUAGCAACAGGGUGCUGGACUCGAUAGGCCUUGGACCUGAUCCAGCAGGGUUGUUCUCAUGUUCUAGUAGCUAAAAUUUCCCCUUCCUUUGUCUUUGAGGUGUCAAGCAAAACAGACGGAUUCUCUGUCUGAAGUUGCUCAAGGGCAUGGGGAGUUGGGCUUUUUGUGUGUUGAAGUUGCUCCCAGGGAGUGUACAUAGUGCUCUUUGUCCUAGGAAGGACAGCUCACCACCAUGCUUUCAGCCUUGAGAUGAUAAAGUCCAUCUUUUUGUGCAACAAAGGUUUUGGAAUUAAUCUGAACACCUGAACUGGAAUGUAAGAAGUGUGCUUUAUGUUUUUCUACAUUUUAUUUUGUAAAUGGCCUGUAAAUCUCUGUUCCUUUUACAAUAAACUACAGGUAUUAUCUUUUUACUUGGA